UCGCCAGAGCUUCAAUAUAUAUUAUAUAUAUUUGCAUUUUUUUCUUACUGCUUAGGACUUUAGAUUAAUAUAUAUAUAAUAUUUAUAUUUAUAUUAUAUAUACUCUAAAGUUGCAAGCUUUGUUUUCUUAUGUCUGAUGGUGGUGUGAAUUCUCAAGCCAAGCAAAGUCACCUCUUUCACACCUUUCUCAAUCUCAAAAACCAUGACCAGAAGAAGAAUCUAGGGUUUCACACCACCUAGUCCAUCAAGAAAGAGGCUAAUAUGGAAGAGGUUGAGCAAGCUAAUAGAGCAGCUGUUGAAAGCUGCCAUAGGGUUCUUAAUUUGUUGUCUCAGCCAAGGGAUCAGGUUCAGCAUAGGAAUCUAAUGGUGGAAACUGGGGAAGCUGUGGUGAGGUUCAAGAAAGUUGUUUCCUUGCUUCACAAUGGUUUGGGUCAUGCAAGAUUCAGGAAGUGUAAAACAACACCUCAAAACCCCUUUUCCCAAAGAAUCUUCUUGGACAACCCAAAUUGCAAAAGCAACAACCAUCACUCAAAAAGUCUGCAGUUUCCCCAAACUAGUUUUCCUGACAAUUCAGUUCAGGAGUUGGGCUCAAGUACCAUUAGGAAUUCAUUGUCUCUGGUAAACCCAACUUUGGAGUUGAGCUCCAGUGGGAAAACUCCCCUUCACCUUACUACCCAACAAGCCUCAUCACAGCACUAUCACUUUAUUCAGCAGCAGCAGCAGCAGCAAAGGUUGAUGCUGCAGCAGCAACAAAUGAAGCAUCAAGCUGAAAUGAUGUUCAGAAGGAACAGUAGUGGCAUAAACCUGAAUUUUGACAGCACUAGCUGCACACCUACAAUGUCAUCUACUAGGUCUUUCAUUUCCUCCUUGAGCAUAGAUGGAAGUGUGGCUAACUUAGAUGGAAGUUCCUUCCAUUUGAUAGCAGCUCCACACUCUUCUGAUCAGAAUUCACAGCAGCAUAAAAGAAAAUGUUCUGCCAGAGGUGAUGAUAGCAGCUUGAAAUGUGGGAGCAGUUCUAGAUGCCAUUGCUCAAAGAAGAGGAAACAUAGAGUGAAGAGAUCAAUUAAGGUGCCUGCUAUCAGCAACAAGCUUGCAGAUAUCCCUCCUGAUGAUUAUUCAUGGAGGAAGUAUGGGCAGAAGCCAAUCAAGGGCUCUCCUCACCCUAGGGGAUAUUACAAGUGCAGCAGCAUGAGAGGGUGUCCUGCUAGGAAGCAUGUUGAGAGGUGCUUGGAAGAGCCUACUAUGCUACUUGUUACCUAUGAAGGUGAGCAUAAUCACCCUAAGAUACAACACAACCUGCAAAUGCAUAAACUGUAUGGAGAGCUUAACCAAGACCAGGCCCAUCAUUCAAUUUGUCAAAACCUCUAUGUGAUUGGCUUGAGAUGUUGCUGUACAUAUUUAAGUGAUGCAAGCAGGGAUACUCUUGGUGCUGAUUUUGGGGUUUAAAUAGUUUGGCUAACAAGCCGUUUAUUUAGUGGGUGGGGAUGAGAGGAUCAAUUAGUUAAUGAACAAGUCUGUAAAAUUGGGUAGUUUCAUUUUGUAAGAACUAUUUUGUCUUGAGCAUGUUAUAAACAUUUUCAGGGUUCUCUAAAUCAAUGAAAACCCCUCUAAAAAUGUGUUAGUUGUUUCAAUUUAGUCCUCCAAUCAACGGGUGGUUGGAUCUUGUGCAUGA